AUGAAGUUCAACGUAUCAGAAAGUGUGAAGUUGAGGCUGGUGAAUGGGGGCAGUCGAUGCGCCGGGAGACUGGAGGUUCACUACAAGGGAAAGUGGUGGGCUGUGCAUGCUUACGGCUGGGACCUGCAGGACGCGGCUGUGGUGUGUCGGGAGCUGGGCUGCGGCGCCGCGCUGAAAGCCACGGGCGGAGCUCAGUUUGGGGCAGGGUCCGGACCCGUUAUGACGUCGAACGUUCAGUGCUCCGGGAGCGAGGCUGCUCUGCGGGAGUGUAGAUCAGGUUCAUGGGAUAGCUAUGCCUCUUCAUCCUCCAACAAAGCCGGCGUUAUCUGCACAGGGGAACUUGUACCACGACUCGUCGGUGGGAAGAACAGAUGUUCUGGCCGGGUGGAAGUUCUACACGCAGAACAAUGGGGGACCCUUUGUGAUGAGUACUUCACCUUGGAAGAUGCUGCUGUGGUCUGUGAACAUUUACAAUGCGGUGCAGUAAAGGCAACUCUCGGAGGCGCUCACUUCGGCGAAGGAACCGGGCCUGUGUGGAAGGAGCAAUACCUUUGUCGGGGAAAUGAGUCCCGAUUAUCUGAUUGUCCAGUCUCAGACUGGGGUCAGAUCAGCUGUUCACACAGAAACGACGCCGGUCUCAUCUGCUCGGGUGAGUCGCCAAAAUCUUUGAGGCUGGUGAAUGGGGGCAGUCGAUGCGCCGGGAGACUGGAGGUUCAUCACAAGGGAAUCUGGGGAACUGUGUAUGCUUACGGCUGGGAACUGCAGGACGCGGCUGUGGUGUGUCGGGAGCUGGGCUGCGGCGCCGCGCUGAAAGCCCCCGGCGGAGCUCAGUUUGGGGCAGGGUCCGGAACCGUUAUGACGUCGAACGUUCAGUGCUCCGGGAGCGAGGCCGCUCUGCGGGAGUGCAGAUCAGGUUCAUGGGGUCGCUAUGCCUAUUCAUCCUCCAACAAUGCCGGCGUUAUCUGCACAAGUCACAGAGUUCCAAGACUGGUAUCCGGUGCCGACCAGUGCUCCGGAAGACUGGAGGUGCAGAUUGGUGAAACCUGGGGAACCGUGUGUGAUCGGCACUGGGAUAUGAAUAAGGCUAAUGUGGUGUGCAGUCAGCUUCAGUGCGGAGUCGCUUUGUCUGUGCCGAGAAGAGCUCAUUUUGGAGAGGGAACCGGUCUUAUCCACAGCGAUGUUUUCCAGUGUAAGGGCAAUGAGUCAAACCUGUCGGACUGUCUCGUUUCUUCAGGAACACAUCAUUGCAAGCACAGUGAUGAUGUCAGUGUGAUCUGUUCUGGGACAAAUGGACCACGACUCGUAGGUGGGAAGGACAGAUGUUCUGGCCGGGUAGAAGUUCAACACGGAGACCAGUGGGGGACACUUUGUGAUGUGUACUUCAGCUUGGAAGAUGCUGCCGUGGUCUGUGAACAUCUACAAUGCGGUGCAGUAAACACAACUCUCGGAGGCGCUCACUUUGACGAAGGAAGCGGGCCUAUGUGGAAGGAGCAGUACCUUUGUCGGGGGAAUGAGUCCCGAUUAUCUGACUGUCCAGUCUCAGACUGGGGUCAGAUUAGCUGUUCACACAGAAAUGACGCCGGCCUCUUCUGCACAGAUGCAGAUUGGUCUCUGCGGCUGGACAAUGGGGGAAGUCGCUGCGACGGCCGAGUCGAAAUUUAUUACAAUGGUAGAUGGGGAAGAGUGCAGGAUAACUUUUGGAAUAUCAAUGACUCCAACGUGGUCUGUAGCCAGCUGGGUUGCGGCUCCGCCAUAUCCGCCUACAACUACUCAAGCUGUUGUCCAGCAGCGCGGCCCUCGAAGACCAGCGGGAGAGCGCUCUGGCUUGAGGCGACCAUGUCCGGGUCAAAGAUGUACAACUGCCUCAGAGCACCACGGCCGAUGGUUGCCAAGACCACUUGCAAGUACGUCUGUCCGGGGGUGAAGAUACAUGUGCCGGAAGACUGGAAGUUUAUUACAAUGGUUCUUGGGGAACAGUUUGCGAUGACCUCUGGGAUCUAG